AUGCUCUCCAAAUCCUUGGUAAUGGAAUAUCUGGCUCAUCCUGGUGCACUCAGUGUGGCUGCAGGAGUAGCUUGUGGCAUGUGCCUGGGCUGGGGCCUCCGUGUCCGCUUUGGGAUGACCCCCAAAAGCUCAGGCAGCGAGACACACACAGACACCAGAACUGAAGCAAGCAUCUUAGGAGAGAGCGGGGAGUACAAAAUGAUCCUUGUGGUGCGAAAUGACUUAAAGAUGGGAAAAGGGAAAGUGGCUGCCCAGUGUUCUCAUGCUGCCGUUUCUGCCUACAAGCAAAUCCAAAGGAAAAACCCCGAAUUGCUCAGACAGUGGGAAUACUGUGGCCAGCCCAAAGUGGUGGUCAAAGCCCCUGAUGAAGAAACUCUGGUUGCAUUACUGACCCACGCGAAGAUGCUGGGACUGACUGUAAGUCUAAUCCAAGAUGCUGGACGUACUCAGAUCGCACCAGGUUCUCAAACUGUCCUAGGAAUUGGGCCAGGACCAGCAGACCUAAUUGACAAAGUCACUGGUCACCUAAAACUUUACUAG